CCCUCUCCCGCUCUGGAGUCAGGGCUCGGGCCUCAGGUUCAUCUCCUCCCUCUGUUUCUUAAACCUUUCCCUUCUCUCGGACUCCCCUCCGCUCUUCCUUCCCUGGCGGCGACGACUCGGCGAGCGGCGGCGCCAUUUGUCACGUCUUCGCCCAGCCCUUUGCCGGCGACGAGCGUCCUCCAGGUGUCAGCUGAGCCGGCAGCAGCGAGUGUUGUCAAGCCGCCGCCAUGGUGAUUCCGGGAUUCCUCCACUGCACAGAUCGUUCGUCUCCGCUUCUGGUGUCUCUUACGUGCCCCCGUCGAUGUUCCUUUUUGCAGUUGUUCUUCUCCUACUUCAAGGAGCUCGUGGGGAAGGAGGUGACGGUGGAGCUUAAGAACGACCUGGCGAUUCGCGGGACACUCCACUCGGUCGACCAGUACCUCAACAUCAAGCUCGAGAACACUCGAGUUGUGGACCAGGACAAGUAUCCCCACAUGCUAUCUGUGCGGAACUGCUUCAUCAGGGGCUCGGUGGUGCGGUACGUGCUGCUCCCGCAGGACGGGGUGGACAUUGACAUCCUCCACGAUGCCACCAGGAGGGAGGCGCGCGGAGGCUGAUCGACACGCCCCCCUCAACUGGUCCCUCGCCUUCUUCCCCGACAGGAACCCUGAUCUGAUCUGUGAAACAUGUAUCCAUCCUCCUGGUGUUAUUAGACAGAGACAGCUGACUGGCCAAACUGUUAUCCAUCAGCUCCCCUGGUACUUUGCAGUGGCAGACAUUCCAGGUUGGGUGACCUGCAUGUUCCUUGUGGGCUGCUAUUAGUAGUGCUGUUAGACUGAGUCAGCCCCACUUAUUAGCUGUGAUGUUUCGGCCCUGUCUGUGGCCAUGUUUUUCUUGAGACCCGCUGCGCUAUCAA